AUGGAUGCAAUUGAUGACCUAAUUGAACAGCAUUCUCCAGAUCUUAUUUGUUUUCAGGAGGUUACUGCUAAAAUAUACGCCAAACUUUGUCAAUCCAGCUGGUGGAAGGUAUAUCAGUGCGCAUUUUCCAGAGAAAAGAUGGAUAGAAAGCUGUUCUAUUGCGUUCUGUUAAGCAAAUUGCAAGUCUCAUCUACCAACUGCGUAUCCUUCAGAAAUUCAAAAACGGGGAGAAAACUUUGCAUUGUUGAGGUUAAAGUUCAGGAGGACAAGUCUUUGGUUGUUGCCACCACCCAUCAGGAGAGUCCCUUGGACCCUUGUACGACCGGUAAGAAGCUCAGCAAAGAACCUGCAGAGCGUCCCUGCUUGAGCCCUCCUACGUGGGAUCAGAAGCUUUGCAGAGAACGUGUGGAGCAGGCAAGGGAGGCUAUUAACCGUCUGGAGAAUAAUCAAAAUGUGAUCUUUUGUGGUGAUUUGAACUGGGAUGACAAGCUGGAUGGUCGAUUUCCUUUACCCGAGGGAUGGAUGUAUGUUACCAGGCCCAACCAGAUGUCUGGAAAUGGCACAUUGCAGAAGCAGUUAGAUCGAUUUAUUUGCAAUUUGCGUGAUUUCAAGAUUAGUAGAAUUGACAUGAUGGGGAUGGAGGCGAUACCAGGCCAUUGGAGAGAGAAGAAAGAGAUGAAGUUGGAGCUUCCUGUUUCGCCUAGUGACCAUUAUCGCUUGCUUUUAACAAUUAAUAGCCAAUAA